AUGGCGGGGGCGGCGACGGUGACGGCAACAACGACGACGACUGCUCCAGCCAUGACAUCUGCCGGAGCCACAACCAGCCAGCAGCGGGCCAGCCAGCCAGAUCAAGCCAGAUCCCGCGUGCUGUACAACAGCAACCGCAGCGGGAGCGUCAACAACAAUGGCAGCGGCAACCGCAGCGGCAGCGGCAGCGGCAACCGCAGCAGCAGCGGCAACCGCAGCGGCAACCGCAGCGACAGCGGUAACAUCACAGCAGAUGGCCGACACGGACUCCCAGAUACAAGCGAGCGACGAUAA